AUGAUGCGUCGUUUGCUCUUCACGGCCUUAUGCUUCUCUGCGCCAACGGCUGCCUCCGCGCAGGCAGAGGAGGCAAAGCAGCCAACGGCACAACAGGCGGAAGAGUUUCAGCAGGCCCCGUCGCUGUUGCAGGACUUCCUGGACUUCGACCUCAACAAGGAUAAGCAAAUCGAUGCACAAGAAGUGCGCACGCAGUUCAAGGGAGAGCUAGAUCCGAAAGAACUUCACCAGUUCUUCAUCGACGUCGACCAGGACCUUUCUGGAACAAUUUCACUGCAGGAGUACAUCUCCUAUGCAAGCUCGCUGCACUCAGACCAGAGUGCAGUUGAUGAAAUCAGUGCGUUCUGUUGGUGCCUCCUGCAGUCCAAGGGUCCAGCCAGUCCGUUGACGCCGCCUUUGCAUUCGAUUCACUGGCUUGCAUCUGCAGUUUUUUCGCAGUCAGAGGCGCUUCUCGGCGGCCUGUCCCCGACAUUCGCCGCGGUAAAGUCUGUCAAGAGUGCGCUUGUUGUUAUGCCUCCUGUGCAAAUGUGGGAUCCGAUUCAGCAGAUACGCCGUGGCCGCGAUAAAGGAUUCUUCCGGUGGAUGCCACACAUCAAUAUGCUCUACCCUUUUCUGGAGGACACUGGUGGCGACUUUGAGGCCGCUGCUGCUCGUGCGCGCGAGGCCCUGCAAGACGUGGAGCCGUUCACCCUGCAGCUGCAACACUUCCAUUUCUUCGAGCACAGCCGACGGAGCUGCACAGUCUGGCUGAGGGUGAUGAUGCCACUGAUGCAGAUUCUCCAGCUCUUCAUGCAGUCCACGAGAGGCUGUUGGGAGCGUUUCCGUCUUGCACGGACUUAUCAGAUGACCCGCUACUUGGAAGUUCAUAGCUCUGGGAGGUCGCGGGACAUCGACAAAUUUGUUCCACACCUCUCUGUCGGCAGCUGGCGUGGGGCCACGGAGGCUGCAGCCGCCGUGGAAGUCUUCCAGAACACCUGGUCCUCACUCUCCUUUCCUGUCUCCUCCGUCUACUUCAUCAGCCGGCGAAAUUACAACGAACCAUUCCAAGUCCGCUGGGCAGUUCCGCUGGGUCCGAGUCCAGCGGCUCCGAAGGAGCUGAACCUUCGGUACUUGGCCCGCCCAAACUGCCCGGGUGGCAAGGACAUCUGGGAGUUUGGCAGGAAGAGGGCGGCUGCCGGCUACAUCCACAAUGCGGCUGUGGAGAGCUGGGCCCUUCUCCCGUCCGGCCAGUGCCAGAGCAAACAAAACGGAAGUUGA